AUGUCGAAACCAGAGGCGAUCGCUCAGUCGCUGCCGCCACUGGAGCUCGCGCCGACCGACGUCACGUCCAUCACAGCGCUGUCCACGAAGUUGCUCGAAACGAACCUGACGCAGCACAAGGAGCUGCAGCUCACACGAGACGGCUUUCCCGACUCGCGAGUGUGGGGCGCGGUCCAACAGAAAGAAGGCAUGCGGGUGUUCAAAGCCGUUCAGCCGCUCAAGUCCGUGCUGUAUGGAAACAGCGCAGCACGCAUGCGCGCUGGUGUAGCUCGCGCGGACGAGCCAGCGAUGCCGUCGCUCUUGAUGCUCGGCACUGUCGCCGGGAACUUGCACGAUGUCAUGUAUGCGUCGGUUGCAACGAGCUCCGACUCGAUGCGCGCGCGGUCCAAGUUCGUGCAGGACGGCCUCACGGCCAGCAAAGUGCUCACGUGCAUCGAAGGUCCGACCCCGAACGACCCGUUCCACACGCUGAAUGUCACGUGGCGCUAUUACUCGCUGUCGGAACCUCGCGAUUACACGUGCAUUGAAGCUACGGGACUGCUUCCGAACGUCUGUGGCGAGCUCGUGGGCUUCCACUUGAUCCACUCGCUCGAGUUCAAGCAACUGCCGCUGUUUGCAACCCAUGGCAUCGCGCGAGCAAACAUGUCCGUGUGCACCUUGUUCCGUCAGAAGUCCACGACAGCUGUGGACUGCUACACACGCGGCUACUUUGACUUUCACUCGACGAACGACACGCUGAACGACCUCUCGCUGCACGCGAUUUCCUGCCAGUGGCUCUCGAUGGCUCGGUAUGUCGAUUGCGCGCAAAUGAAGAAGCUCGUGUGGUGGAUGCAACGGCGAGCAGAGCGGCAUUCGGUUGUCAGCAGUAGCCAAGGCUCGAGUUCCGCCUCGUCAGGAGGCGUCACUGUCGUGCCGCAAACCCAUCGCUCUCGCGCUCAGUCCGAUACUCGCUGUCGGGUGUGCCAUCGCGGCUUUGGCGGGUUCUUGCACUCGACGCCACGAGCUUGUGCUUGUUGUGCCGAGUGGGUGUGCAAGCGCUGCUGCGUCAAGAAACAGGUGUGCGUCGUGUCAGUUCACCGCAAGAGCAAAGUGUAUGACAAGAAACUCGUCUUUUGCGCGCAGUGCAUUGCCGAAGCCUCAAAGAGCGACGCGUCGCUCGUGGUGCGCGAAGAGCUCCGUGAGCAGUAUCCCUCGUAUUCGCCUGCUCGCACAACCAAAGUAGAAAGAAUCGGCACGCUGCAAGAGAUGGACGAGUGUUCCAUUCUGCAGUGA